UCAUCCGUUAAACUCUUCCCUCGCGUCCGCUCAGAACAAAUGCCUCCCAACGGCAAGCACUUCGCGGUUCCUACUCCGGGCAUUCCGCGCCCCCCGCUCCCCUACAAUCAUGCCAACCCCCAUAUCAGACAGGUGGACGCGUCUAAAGCGCCCCCAGUCAAGUUCCAGGAGAUCGUGAGGGAUGGGCAGUCUACUAUCGUGGGCAGGCUCAAGAUUCCUACCCCCACCGGCCAUGCCUUCAUCCUCCGCAGGCUCGACACGGGCGCGAUCAGCCUCACGACGAUGUUCCGUGCGGCGUACCCCAACGCGAGCGAAGAGGCCGAGAAGGGCGAGACGAACUGGGUGAAGCUGUCCUUCGACACCUCCGGUGCGAACAAGUCGGGCAGGGCACGCUUCGCGGGGACGUGGGUGACCCCGGAUGUGGCGCUCUACCUCGCCGAGAACUACGGGCUGGGCAGCAUCAUCCCCGCGCUCGCUGCCGCCGUCCCGGACCCGAACACGACGUUCCGCCGGGCGCGCAACGCACAACAGCCUACUCCCAACGCAUCCCCUGCGGCCGAGCCUGGCCCUGCGCCCGCUAAGCGUCAUCGGCACGAAUCACCCACCACUCCCGCGCCCGCCGCUGCGUCGACGGUGACAGAAACCCCCGGGGUCCCUCCUUCGCCUCCACCGUCGCGCAGCGCCGCAUCUCCCGCUCCUCGCCGCUCUGCACGCCUCAAGAGCCCCCCGGCUGCUACCUCCCCGGCCCAGCCGUUGGUAGCGCCCAAGACCCCCCGCACGCGGAAGGCGGCUCGGGAUGCGAUGCCGACCCCUGCUGGUUCUGAUGAGACAGCGGUGGACGAGGAUGUUGAGGCAGCGAAGAUUGCACAGCCGGAUGUAGAUGAGGAUAUCCGGGAGCAAAAAGAGCUCAUUGCGAAGUUGAAGGCGGAUCGGGAGGCGGCCAAGGCGCAACAGCAGCAAGAGGAGGAAGCUCCGAGCCCCAGUCAGCGCGAGACCGAGAAGGCGUUGACGGAAGAUGAAUCUGCAGGGGCGAAGCGGUCUAGGGAGGAGGAAACGCAGGAGCUGCGCUUCAACUUCAAGGAGGCUGGUGAAGCAGAUGAAGUCACCGAGCGUACCGUUGCGACCAACAGCAGGGUCCGCGUGCUCGCUCAGCUCCCGCCGGAGCGCAAGUCGCUUGCGUGGGGCGCACUCGCUUUCGCCGCGGGAUUGGGUGCUAUCUCUUUCCUGCCUAACUUGCAGGGGGUGUUCUUCUGACAAUCGGGCGCCGCGCUUCUUUCCUACCUCGCCUUUUACGUGUAUAUUGUCUAUCGACUGGACGGGUGUCCGAUGCUGUUGCAUUCUCUUUUUCUGUUGUUCCGACUGUCCCCCUCUGUGCCAUAUACUCCCAUACGAUAGCGUAAGUACGUACGACCCAACGGAUGAGUGGUUCGCCGUCUGUCCACAUGACAUGAUGAUGUAUCAUCUCUUUUUCCCGCCGCCUUUUCCUCCCGCCUGCCCGCGAUACACCCUACAGCAUCGGCGACCCCCCGCCGUCUUCCCUCGGCUCGUUGUCCUCGUCUUCUUGCUUUUCACAUAUAUCGCUAUUCUCCCUCCUCCGUCUCGCCGCCGCCUUUUCUUAUUAUCUAGUCGUGUGUUUUACCUAUGUAGUUGUUGGGCCACGAAUUGUUCUUAAUGACGCUGGAAGCAUGCUUGCUAAGGACAGCGCAGGGUCUCAAGAUCUCAAGACAUUCAACCACCUGCCCUU